AUGAAAAAACGGCGGCAGCGCGUCUCUGAGGAUGAUGUAACCAUUUCCCGACACAAUGCGCGACCGCAGACCUCAUUUAACGGUGAGGAAAACGCAUUGCCGAUCCCAGUUGAUCUCGUUUUCGAGAUGUUCUCGAGGUUGCCGGCGAAAUAUGUAGCGAUAUGUCGUUGCGUGUCAAAGCUAUGGGCCUCCGCACUUGGCUGUGCAGAUUUCACUGAGUUGUUCUUCACUAGAUCUUUGGAUCGUCCGCAGCUAUUGUUCGCCGGCAAAAACAGAGGUGUGUUCUCCUUUUUCUCCUCGCCUCAGCUUCAAAAUCCAGAUGUGAACCCGUCUACUGUAGUCGUCACUCCUCUUAUGCAUUUGCCCUUGGAUGGUAUUUGUGAAAUGUAUAGUGGUCCUGUCCAUGGCUUGGUCUGUCUUAUAAAUAAGCGGAUCAUAAAUGAAAAGACAGAAACGGUGCCGGUGAUAUGUAACCCUAGCACCGGUCAGUUUUUGCCUUUACCUAAAGUGAAGACGGAGAGAGUUAAUGUGAUAAGCUACUUGGGAUAUGAUCCAGUUGGUAUACAAUUCAAGGUAUUGGCCAUGACCUGUCCAAAUCCAAAAUAUGGCAACCUAAGGAGGAUAUGUGGGGAGCAUCAAGUUCUAACAUUAGGGUGUGGAAAACUGUCAUGGAGAAUGAUCGACUCUAGUGUUCCCCCUCAGCUUAUAUAUAAAGAUUUUGAAACUGGAAUAUGCAUCAAUGGUGGUUUGUAUUAUCCGGCUUCGGUUGAUGGGGUUUUAAAGGUAAUUUGCUUUGAUGUUAGGUCUGAAAAGUUUACAGUUAUUAACCUUGACAAGGGUAUGGUAUCUUUAAAUUUGUGUGGAACUCUGGUUAACUACAAGGGUAAAUUAGGUGCACUUGAUGUGUCAGAUAUUGAGUUGAGGCCAGUUACUGGACAUACUAAAUGUUUUCAGUUGUGGGUUUUAAUAGACGCAGAGAAACACGAAUGGUUGAAGUAUAGCUACGUCUUGCCCCCUUUGUGGAAGAAUGUAGUUGGGAAGGCUUUUGUUGGAGUGACAGGUACUAAUGAAAUUGUGUUGUCAACCAAAUAUUCAUUCGCCCCUUUCCGUGUUUUCUACUACAAUUUGGAGAACCAAACUGUCAGAAAAGUUGAAAUGCAAGGAAUGGAUAUAAUUAAUAAUGAUUUUCAGAGCUUUGUCGACCAUGUAGAGGACGUGAAGCUUAUGGAAAUGUUUCCAACUUGA